AUGCCCGGUAAAAUUGUUGUCAAAAACCCUGUUGUCGAUCUCGAUGGUGACGAGAUGACCAGAAUCAUCUGGCAAUUCAUCAAGGAGAAGCUCAUUUUGCCUUACCUUGACCUUGAUAUCAAGUACUACGAUCUUAGCGUUGAAAACCGUGAUGCCACCAAUGACCAAGUCACUAUUGAUGCCGCCGAGGCCAUCAAGAAGUACAAUGUCGGUAUCAAAUGUGCCACCAUUACACCUGAUGAAGCUCGUGUCGAAGAAUUCAAACUCAAGAAGAUGUGGAAGUCUCCCAAUGGUACCAUCCGUAACAUCUUAAAUGGUACUGUCUUCCGUGAACCCAUCAUCGUUAAGACUCUUCCCAAGCUCGUCCCUGGAUGGACCAACCCCAUCAUCAUUGGCAGACAUGCUCACGGCGAUCAAUACCGUGCUACUGACUUUGUUGCCCCAGGUCCUGGUAAGUUUGAAAUCACCUAUACUCCUGCUGAUGGCUCUGAGCCCAAGAAGUUUGAGGUUUUCAACUUUGAGAAGUCUGGUGGUGUUGGUUUGGCCAUGUACAACACAGAUGAUUCCAUUGAAGGUUUCGGUCAUGCUUGUUUCCGUCUUGCCCUUGAGCGCAAGAUGCCUUUGUACUUGAGUACCAAGAAUACCAUUCUUAAGGCUUAUGAUGGUCGUUUCAAGGAUAUCUUUGAGGAAAUCUAUCAAAAGGAAUACAAGUCUCAAUUCGAGGCUGCUGGUAUCUGGUAUGAACAUCGUCUCAUUGAUGACAUGGUUGCUCAAGCUCUCAAGUCUGAUGGUAACUUUGUCUGGGCCACCAAGAACUACGAUGGUGAUGUUCAAUCUGAUAUCAUUGCUCAAGGCUAUGGUUCCCUUGGUCUUAUGACCUCUGUCCUCUACACUCCCGAUGGUAAGACCGUCGAAGCCGAAGCUGCCCACGGUACUGUUACUAGACAUUACAGAGAACACCAAAAGGGUAACAAGACUUCCACUAACCCUAUCGCCUCCAUCUUUGCUUGGACCCGUGGUCUUGAGCACCGUGCCAAGUUGGAUGACAAUGCUGAUCUGCUCCAAUUCUGUAAGGAUUUGGAAAAGGCUUGUAUCGAAACUAUUGAAGUUGAUGCACACAUGACCAAGGAUUUGGCCUUGAUUAUCUAUGGCAAGAAGAUGACUGCUGAGCACUAUUCUACCACUGAAGAUUUCUUGCAACAAAUCUCUGACAAGUUGGCCUCUAUCCGUACUCGCGCUUCUCUUUAA